CCCAGGUCCAGCAGCAAGGGUGUGCUCAUGUAACGUGCUGAACUGGCGUCGUGGGGCGGGGCCGGGGGCGGUCGCAAACCGCCCGCAUUGUGGCAGUCUAUAUAUAAGAAAGACGCCGCACUGGCAACAGCAGCGCACUGCAACGCAGCACACCAACAUGAGGGCAGCCGUCGCCAGCGUCAUUCUUGCCCAGCUCCUCAUCGCGGCCACAGCGGAACCGCCCCACCACGUCAAGAGGGGCGCCGUGUUGAGCGGAGCGGGGCUCUUGUCUCCGGCCGGCUACGGACACGGCGGUGGCAUCGCCCUGGGCCACGGCCUCGGCGGUGGCGUCGCCUACGGUCACGGCCUCGGGGGCAUCGCACUGUCACCGGGACUGUCCCUCGGAGGCGCCGGCCUCUACGGCCUCGGCCUCAACACCGGCGGUCUCUACGGCCUCGGCGGACUGUCCCUCGGCGGCGGCGCCGUCAUCGGCCCGGCGCACGUCAUCCGCGAGCACGUGACCGUCAACCGGCAGCUGGGUGUGCCCGUGGCGCACCCCGUGCCCGUGCCCGUCACGCGCGACGUCGGCGUGCCCGUCCCCGUGCCCGUGCCCGUGCCAGUGGACCGGCCGUACCCAGUGGCCGUGCCCCAGCCGCACCCCGUGCCCGUCGACAGGCCGUACGCCGUGCCCGUGGACCGGCCCUACGCCGUGCCCCACCACGUGGCCGCACCCUACGCCGUGCCGCACCCCGUGCCCGUGCCUGUGGCCCAGCCUGUGCCCGUCCCAGUCAUCCGCCAGAUUGCCGUGCCGAUCCCGAAACCUGUGCCAGUUCCCGUUGUUCAUCAAGCGCCCGUCGUCGCCCACGCUCCUAGCCUGGCGGACCACGAGCCAUGGUGAGGAGGGGGACGAAGACGUGGCCAGACACGGCCAUCCGGGAUCAACGUCAACCUGUCACCACCUACCAACCAGCAGUCGAUGCCUGGAGCAGGAUCGCAAACCUUGGGGAGCUAUCAGCGGCCACGCAGCGGGACACGGCGCAGGUGAUCGCGUUUCUUUUCUCGCAUUCUUUUUCGUCUCUCUUUGGUGUUAGUUUUUUUCUGUCAACGCAUUCUCUCUUUUCGGGCACCCUCUCAGUGUGCAAAACUACAAAGGUCGUUCUGGAACAAACCGAGGCGUCACACUCACACACACCCACACACACACACACACACCACACACACGCACGCACGCACACACUUCACGUUCACCAGGACAAAGAAAUGGCACCACAGCUUUUAGGGUCCUCCAGCCUACAGAGUUUUACAGCUCCGUAUAGCACCACCUAGCGACGCUAAGGGGGCAGUCUCUCUCUCUCUCUCUCUCUCUCUCUCUCUCUCUCUCUCUCUCUCUCUCUCUCUCUCUCCUCUAUCCGUUUGAGAGCAACUCCCGCUGGCCUCUGCUCACGCGGCUCUCUUGGACACUAGGAUUACACAGACUGAUGAAUAAUAUGUGAUAAGUAAAUAAGCAGCGAUGGCAAUAAAUGUUAUUAUUUUUACACUA